GAGAGGAAACUCACAGCAUGAUUCACUGAAGUGUUUGUUGCGGUUUUUACACUUAUCUGCUUCUCUAACCUAAGCAGUUCCACUGCUUAUUUCACCCGAGGUCUAUUGUUUUUUUAUCAAGAGACAUAAUUUUUUUUUUUAAUUUUCCAUUUCAAAGAAGAAAACAAUUCUCCAUAUAUGAGAAUAAUCAUUUCAAUUGGGAUCAUUUCAGCAGAGUAAAGGCUUGCGUCAUGACAACGAGGGAGCUCCUGCUUCUGGCUGUUCACCUCUCCCUGGUAAUGUCUGAAUGUAAGCUUGGAUAUACAUCUUGCAUUGAUUCUGACAAAUGCAAGGAGUCCUCGUCUCUGUGCGGGCAAAACGCAACGUGUGUCAACACAAACGGCAGCUUCAACUGCGAGUGUAAGAAUGGCUUCAAAACUUCGGGAAAGAAGAUGCAGCGCUUUAAGCCUUUUGAGAGGGAAACAUGUAGAGACGUAUGUGAGAUGGAUAAGACAAUCUGUGGAAAUGGAACAUGCCACCAGGGAAAAGAUGGUUAUGUGUGCGCAUGCCACGCCGGAUCCAGCAACUACGGCAACAAGAGGUCCCGUUGUGUUGAAUUAAACUGUGAGGUGUUCAUGAAUGCGUUGAAUCAACAAGAGAGCGAUCCAUAUGUAACUAGUGUCCUAAGGAUGUUGAAGGGCAGCUGUCUGAACCUAAGCGAGAGCGAAACUCCCACCAGCUUUGACGGAGACGAAUUUCUUGAGAGGCUGUUGUCUAUGAUAGACAGGCUCCUGUCGGGCAGAACCGUCUUGGAUAACAAGCAGGUAUCCUUCAUCCUGAGUCUAGUGGAGAGCAGCCUGGGUCUGAUCGCUCCCUUCAUGAGCAAGAACAGAACGCAGGUCUCCAAAGCUCACACAGAGUUGGAGCUGCUGCUGUUUAAAGGUCCUGGUUUCCCCCAGGGACCCGCAACAUUGUUAACUAAACAUGCCAAGCUGCAGAUGCAAUGGGAAACAGCUGCUGGAAAAAACUCCACUUACCCAGGCUUUACAGCCCUGAUCUUGCUGAGCUACUCAACCUUGGAGAACUCCACCAAUCGGUCCUUUAGUGGGAUCAAUGUAACAAAAGAAAACAGCCUUCAGAUGAAUUCAAAAGUGGUUACUGUUAAAGUUAGUAACCCAGACACUGCUGCCCUCCAAGUGCCGGUGACAUUAACCUUCAACCAUCUGCAAAGAACAGACAAGGACAACGACUCGAUCUGUGUUUACUGGGACUCGGAGGCCGACGGCGGGUCCUGGUCGACUGAUGGCUGCGACACCCUCCACUCAGGUGCUAACUACACACUGUGCUCCUGCAAGCACCUCAGCAGUUUCGCUGUCCUCAUGGCCCUUCACGACAUAGAGGACCCGUAUGAGAUGAAGGUGUUCACCUGGGUGGGUCUCACGCUAUCACUGGUUUGCCUCUUCGUCUGCAUCCUGACUUUCGCCCUGAUCCGCUCCAUCCAGAGCCCCAGGAACAGCAUUCACCUCCACCUGUGCCUCAGUCUCUUUGUCGCUAACCUGGUCUUUCUUUGCGGCAUCACUCGCACAGAGAACCAGACUGGCUGCGCUGUGGUGGCAGGGCUGCUGCAUUAUUUCUACCUGGCGGCCUUCUGCUGGAUGUGUCUGGAAGGCAUUCAGCUCUUCAGGAUGGUGGUCCUGGUCUUCAACAUCAGCUUCCAGACGGUCCGCAUGAUGGCUGUGGGCUACGGAGUACCGGCGGUGAUAGUCGCCAUCUCCGCACUGGUCCAUUCCGGCGGAUACGGCACAGAGAAAAAUUGCUGGUUAAACUUGGAAGGUUCGUUCAGGUGGAGUUUCUUCGGUCCCGUCUGCUUCAUCAUCACAGUGAACAUUUUCUUCUUCUUUGUCACUGUGUGCAAGCUGGCACAGAAGUUCUCAAGUUUAAACCCUGACUUAGACAACUUACACAAGAUCAAAGCUUUCACUAUCACCGCUGUGGCCCAGCUGUGUGUACUUGGCACCACGUGGAUCUUUGGCUGUUUCCAGUUUGGGAACGGCCCGUCAGCCAUGUCUUACGUGUUCACCAUCCUCAACAGUCUGCAAGGCGUUCUGCUCUUUGUAAUGCACUGCCUGCUCUACAAACCGGUAAGAGAUGAAUAUGGAAAGAUAUACUCAAGAUUCUUCGCACCACAGAAAAUGUACUCAGUGUUCACUUCCUCUCAGUCAAGCAAAGCACAGAAUUCCAAGAGUUCCAAGAACACUGGGGAGUCUGGCCUUUGAAGUGGUGUCGGAAGGCUGAAGCUUGUAGAGUGGAGCUUUAAAUGUCUUUGGACACCCUCCAGCUACUUCGGGGAGAAGUCCCUGUUGUUAUUCUCCAUAUAUUUGAAAAAUGUUGCCUUCCUAGUAGCUGGUUGGUUGCACUGCAGUAUCGAAAAGCCCUGCUGUUCAAUUUAGCAUAUCAAGAUAUACUUUAGGUUGGCCCCUCCCCUCAAACUCUCCCACUUCCAGAUCAGGUUUCAAAUGUGUCUCUUUUUGUGAGUGUUUGUCCACAGGCACACACAAAUGUAAUGAAGGAAUAAUGGCUUUUCAGUCAAUAAAUGAAACAUCAAUUUGAUGGAUUUCCAAA